AUGACCAUUCCACCCUUUCAAAUUACGGUCACAUGCUCUUUUGUAUCAGAGAGAUGUAUGACCCAGCAAUUCAUCUCUCUGAUGCAGAAGCCAGGGCUCAACCUGGAAAGAAGUAGAUGUCCAGGCAACAGUGGAGAGGCCAUACUCUGUAUGCUAGGCCAGAGCAGUUCAAGUAUUGAAGAUCAGAUCAAAUUCAUUCCAGCCAGGCAGGAUGAUUUAAGAAAGUUAAGUCACACACCACAGAAGAACUUCCUCACCACAUUACUGACAUUGACACUCUUAUAAAACUGAAGGAAAUUCUGUCUGUGCAACUCAACAAAGAGAAGAAGCGAGGGGCAUAUUAUAGAAGGACCCUUAUCUACCUAACAAUACCCCUUUAUGAAACAGCAACCCGUGAUGUGAGAUCCCUGCUGGCCAGCCUUUGUGAAAUGGUGGAGAUUUUCUAUGCACAAGACAGAAAGCGGUGUCCAAAGUUGAUCUUGAGGUUGCAUAACCUGUGCUGGAGGCAUGCAAUAUUGUGCCGAAAAGUGCUGACCCCACCUAGAGCUCUAACAAGCAGAAAGCUCUCUGGCAUUUACUUCCAUGCAUGUGUAUCACAUUCUGCCUUUCUUCUUCGUCUUGUUUCACAUCGCUCAACUAAUGCAGUGAUGUUUGAGAGGCUCUUUGAGGAGCUGUCUGACAUUACUAAGAAGACUUGGAACAACCGAAUUGAAAGCUUAGUAAGGAAUGCAGUUCUGCACAUGCAAGCAUAG